CUCUCUCUCUCUCUCUCUCUAAAUACUCUCUCUCUCUCUCUCUCUAUUCUCUUCGUCUUCGUCUUCCUCUUCAUCAUCCUCUUCUUUUGCAUGCCUCACCAACUCCCCCAACAUGGAAACCCUAAUCUGAUCCCCAAUUCCCCUACAAUCCUUGGAUUUCCUAAUUGGGGCUGGAUCGAAUCCUCUUGAUUGAUCAUUUUUUUGCGUUUUAUUGGAGAUUUUUGCGGGAUUUUUUUUGGGUGGGAAUAUGAAGGUGGAGAGGAGUGAGGAGAGGGAGAUGGAGAUGCUGUUGAAUGAGAUACCCCACGCGACGUCGCCCCAUCAUCAUCAUCAUCAACACCACCAUCAUCAUCGUCAUCCUCGUCAUCUCCAUCAGCUUCAUCAUGGUGGGGGUGAUGGUGGUGGGGGUGGUGCUAGUACCGCCACCCAUGGCGCUCGCGACCCCGAUCUCGGAAGCCUUGGAAACCCUAUUCAUGGCGAUGGUAUCGAGGUUGGCGCGUCGCGGUUCCACGGGCGCCGCGAUGUCGAUGGCUAUGUUGGCGCCAAUGGCGUCGGCGGCGGCGGCGGCGGAGCGCGCCACGGACGUUGGUCGCCGCAGCCGCCGACGAGGCCGAUGUCGGAGGGUUCGUCGGCGGCGAGCUCCCAAUCGGGGGCGUACUCCCCCACGGGGGGGAGCGACCUCAUGGGGCGCUUCCCCGAUCUGGGCCCUUACCUCGGCGCCGAGGAGGAGCUCGGCUUCGCUAACCAGCUCCUCGGAAUGCAUCUCGGCCACGGGAUCGAGGAGCCGAUUGUGCUCGAACCGGUGUCGGGAUCGGCUUUUGGGAGAAGCCCAAUUGGGCUUUCUCCUUUCCGGGCUCACUGCAACGGCAACUUCGUGACGGAGAGGCCUAUUCAUGGUGAUUUUGUGUUUCCUUCCUUCUCUGCUUAUCCCAAUUCUAUGGGAUAUGAUGCAGAUAAUAGGGCUUUGUACUCUGGUUUGAAUCACCAUUCCUCUGUCGACGGUUCUUGUGCAGUGCGAAAGAACUUUCUUAAUGGAGAAGAAACAUUGGGUGCCAAUGGUUAUAAUAAGUACCCAGUGGGUCGGAGAAUGGAUUGUGCGCCGUCUACUAGUUAUUUACCUUUGGCUUCUGAUGCUCUGUUGCAGAAUAGUUAUGUGGAUUUACAUCCUAACUGGAAUCUGAAUAUGGUGAAUCCGACUAAUGGCAACGCUUUCUUUUUGAAUGGAAAUGCUGGACCAUACUUCAACAGCAGGGGCCCCGAAUUGCCGACAGUGUGCAGAAACCCCCUGGAUAUCGAGGCUUUCAGAUGCGAGGACAGCUUAAUUUUUCAGGGAACGGGGAUGCGAUGCGUCGAGGAUUAUGAUAUACCGAAGAUGAGAAAGAAAUCUCAAUUCAACCAGCACGUCAAUUUCAGAGGAAACCCUGCUGUGAAUGGGGAGAGUAUUAGCAAUGCCAAUGUUCGACGGUUCCCAAAUGCGCCGAGGGAUUAUGAAAGCAUCGAGGGCUUGAAGGGGAAUAUACAUAAACUGGCGAAACACCAAUUCGGUUGUCGGUUAUUGCAGCAGAAGUUUGAUGAGGGGAAGCACCAAGUGGAUUCUAUAUUCAACGGGAUUAUCCAUCACGUAGUAGAUCUCAUGAUGGACCAGUUUGGGAAUUAUCUCAUGCAGAAGCUCUUUGAUUUCUGCGAUGAAGAACAAAGGACAAAAAUUGUCAUUGAGUUGACUAGAAACAGAUCUGACCUCAUCAAAAUCUCUCUUAACAUGCAUGGGACAAGGGCAGUUCAGAAGUUGAUAGCGAAACUCAAAACCAGGCAACAAGUUUCUUUGGUUAUUUCCGCCCUCCAGCCGGGUUUCCUAGAACUUGUCAAAGACCUUAAUGGUAAUCAUGUAAUACAACGCUGCUUGCUAAGCUUCAGUGUGGAGGAUAAUAAGUUUAUUUUUGAUGCUGCUGCAUUUCAUUGUGUUGGUAUUGCAAAAGAACGACAUGGUUGCUGUGUCCUGCAACGAUGCAUAGAUCGUUCUACUGGCAAGCAAUGGGAGAAGUUAAUUUCUGAAAUAUCCACUAAUGGAUUUGAACUUGCUCAAGAUGCUUAUGGAAAUUAUGCUGUUCAGUAUGUCAUAUUGAUGCAAAUCCCAUCAGCAGUCGCGAUUUUGGCAUCCCAAUUUGAAGGAAGAUAUGUCCUGCUCUCGACUCAAAAGUUCAGCAGCAACGUAGUCGAGAACUGUCUCAAGCAUUUUCCAGAAAAUCACAGGGCAACUAUCAUACACGAAUUGCUUUCCGUGACUCGGUUUGAAGAAUUAAUGCAAGACCCUUUCGCAAACUAUGUCAUCCAAACUGCUCUUAAACAUUCCAAGGGACCUCUCAAUGCUGCACUGGUUGAAGAGAUUCGUCGACACGAGCCACAGCUCCGGACCCACCCAUAUUGCAAGCGGAUCUUCUCUCGAGCCCCAUUAAAGAAGUGAUCGUACUUUCUGAAUGCGGCGCCGAGCUUGAUUUGUUGUGCGAUGUUUAUUAGCUUUAGUCUUUUCUUUUGGAUUCUCUUGGGUCGAAGGAGCUCGAGGGGAUAUAGGUGUAGAGCUGUAAAAAUAAGCAGUUUUGCUGUCGAAUACUUUAGUAUGUAUCUUAUGUAAUAUCCUGUCCCUGGAUUUUCUAAGACUAAUUAUUGCGCAGCUUACUGUAUGGUUGUGCAGUGUAUUGACUGUGUCUUUUGUUAGCUUUGUUUUGGUCCAAUAGAUGGUUUAAAUGUUUUGCUAUAGUUGUUUUCUUUGGUGUAUUAAUAAGCUUGGUAAUGCUUGUGGUAUGUUAA